AUGCCCUUGGAGGUGACCAGGAUAACCGCAGGGAUGGUGUUAGAGGAGCUUUAUGUCUCAGAUCGAGAGGGAAAUGAUGCAACUGGUGAUGGAACCCAGGAGAAACCUUUCAAAACAGGUCUAAAGGCUUUGAUGACAGUAGGAAAAGAGCCAUUUCCUACCAUUUACGUAGAUUCACAAAAAGAAAAUGAGAGGUGGGAUGUUAUUUCUAAAUCACAGAUGAAAAACAUUACAAAACUGUGGCACAGAGAACAAAUGAAGAGUGAAUCUCGGGAAAAGAAAGAUGCAGAAGACAAUUUGCGAAGAGAAAAAAACCUGGAGGAGGCAAAGAAGAUUAUCAUUAAAAAUGACCCCAGUCUUCCAGAGCCCAAAUCUGUGAAGAUCAACAUGUUAGAAGCUCACAGAGGCCAAAGGGUGAAGGUGUUUGGCUGGGUCCACAGGCUGCGAAGGCAAGGAAAGAAUUUGAUGUUCCUGGUGUUGCGGGAUGGGACUGGCUAUCUCCAGUGUGUUCUGUCGGAUGAGCUGUGUCAGUGUUACAAUGGGAUGGUCCUGUCCACCGAGAGCAGCGUCGCAGUGUAUGGAAUGCUGACUCUCACCCCAAAAGGCAAGCAGGUUACCCCUCCAACAUUAGUGCAAACGCAGGUAGAAGGAGGUGCCACGCUCUUCAAGCUGGACUAUUUUGGGGAAGAGGCGUUCCUGACACAGUCCUCGCAGUUGUACCUGGAGACCUGCCUCCCUGCGCUCGGGGACGUGUUUUGCCUGGCACAGUCGUACAGGGCUGAGCAGUCCCGGACACGAAGGCAUCUGGCAGAGUACACCCAUGUUGAAGCCGAGUGUCCUUUCCUGACCUUUGAGGAGCUCCUGAACCGAUUGGAGGACUUGGUUUGUGACGUGGUGGACAGAGUCUUGAAAUCCCCUGCAGCCAGCAUAGUGUAUGAACUGAAUCCGAACUUCAAGCCCCCCAAGCGGCCUUUUAAACGGAUGAACUAUUCAGAUGCCAUAGUGUGGUUAAAAGAACACGAUAUAAAGAAAGAAGAUGGGACUUUCUAUGAAUUCGGAGACGAUAUCCCCGAAGCUCCUGAGAGACUGAUGACAGACACCAUUAAUGAGCCAAUCUUGCUGUGUCGAUUUCCGGUGGAGAUCAAGUCCUUUUAUAUGCAGCGCUGUCCUGAGGAUUCACGCCUUACUGAGUCGGUGGACGUGCUGAUGCCUAAUGUGGGUGAGAUUGUGGGAGGCUCCAUGCGUAUCUGGGACAGCGACGAGAUGCUGGCAGGCUACAAAAGGGAAGGCAUUGACCCCACUCCCUACUACUGGUAUACAGAUCAGAGAAAAUAUGGUACCUGUCCUCAUGGAGGGUAUGGCUUGGGCUUGGAACGAUUCUUAACGUGGCUUCUCAAUAGGUACCACAUCCGAGACGUGUGUUUAUAUCCUCGAUUUGUGCAGCGCUGCAAGCCAUAG